GCGCACGUGCGGACUCUCGGUGCGCACUGAUGACGCAGUUUGGACGCGCCGGACUGUGGACGCCGUGCGAGUACUUUUCCCAAUUUGAAUUUUCGGGUUUGUUUCUUCUCGUCGAAUCGCGAGGAUGGCGGUGCCAGCUCCUCAGAAACGUUACUACCGGCAGCGUGCUCACUCCAAUCCAAUGGCGGAUCACGCCUUCGAAUACCCUGUUAGGCCUGAGGAGAUGGAUUGGUCUCAGUACUACCCUGAAUACUUCAAACCACUCUCUGACAAGGAUCAUCACGAUGAUGACAAAGAUGUAACCGAUAAUCAUUUGAAAUCUCAAGUGGAAUUUGCAGACGUAGGGUGUGGCUAUGGAGGCCUGCUGGUGGAGCUAUCUCCUCUCUUUCCCAAUUCACUAAUUCUGGGGCUAGAAAUCAGAGUGAAGGUAUCUGACUAUGUGAUAGAUCGGAUCAAAUCCCUAAGAGCAUCAAACCCUGGAAAAUACCAGAACAUCGCUUGCAUAAGAAGCAACGCAAUGAAGUACUUACCAAACUUCUUCAACAAAGGACAGCUGAGCAAGAUGUUCUUUCUUUUUCCGGAUCCACAUUUUAAGAAGACAAAACACAAAUGGCGAAUUAUUAGCUCAACUUUGCUGGCUGAGUACGCCUAUGUUCUGCGUGUGGGGGGUUUAGUUUAUACCAUUACUGAUGUGCAGGAAGUGCAUGAGUGGAUGGUCAAACACUUCACUGAGCACCCCUUGUUUGAAAGAGUACAGCUGGAGGAUCUGAAGGAUGAUGUCAUUGUCGAUCGUCUGGGUGUAUGUACAGAAGAAGGCAAAAAAGUAUUAAGAAGUGGUGGACAGAAUUUUACUGCAGUGUUCCGACGAAUUGAGGGGAAAAACCCGAACAUAAAAACUGAAGGGGAAAAGUCAUGAGAAGAGCACACCUUGCCUUGAUUUUACAAAGAAAGUGACUGUUGAAAGGCACACUGCUCGGUUGGAACACGCUUAGUGUCCUUUCUUUUAGCCACAUAAAUCAGAGAUGCUACAUUAAAGAGUGUUGCAUUUCAUGUUUUUUAAUUACAAAACCAGAUAAAAGAAAUCUAGCAUGGAAAAAGUUGAUAAUUAUAUUCACACGUGGGUAGGUAUUUCAGUGUGCCAACAGUGGAAGCAUUGAAAAUCAGUUUCAUUAUAUAUCAUUUUUGAGAUGUUCUAUUUUUCCCAAAGAUUCCCAAAAAAUAAGGAAUACUUAAUUACCUGAUGUGAUGCAAACUAUUCAGUGUGAUUUCCUACAAGUUAUCACCGUGUCUGUUGUUUAUUCUAGCAUGUUUGUAUUGUUGCUGUGAGAUUGGUGUGAUAACUUGUUGAUUCUGAGACAUUCGUUUAUACCUGUACAUUCCAUCACUGCUACUUGAAUUGCAACAGCAAUUGCACUUCAGAAAUAAUUUAGAAGCUUUAAAGCAUCCUGCGAUCAUUAAAAAAAAGAAAAUGGCAACUUUUUCUCUUGACACCUUAGGGAAUUUAUCAAUGCUAUGUUACUGUCCUAAAUUACUUUGAACUUCUGGUAUAACUGUCCUGAGUGCAAUCCACCUUCGGUUUACAUGAUUUGCCAAGUCAGAAGGGUAUGGAUUCCAAUCCUACUUCAGAAAUGUGAAAUUUGGCUGGCUGUCUGGUGUGGAACUGAGGGAGUGAUGCAUUGUUGGAGGUUUCAAAGGUGAGAACUUUUUUUGUUCAAAUAAAAAUCAUUUGGCACCAAAGGAGCAAUAUGCCACUGGGCUGGCCAAAUUUCCUCCCUCUACGUUUGCCACCAGUAGUAGACCAACUGUUUAUCCGUUUACUUUUCUUUUCCUGGGACUUUGGGGUACAUAGAUUGACUUUGCAGCAUAGAAAAUACUUCAGAUUAAGUGAGCUACCUUCAAAACCGAAGUUGUCAUGAUUAUUUAUAUGGCAGGUAUAACCUUGGAUCUUAAUCAAAGUCAAAAUUUUCUUCAUCUUUUUAUUCAUAUUCCCAUCUGUCCUGCUGGUUUUGAGAAAGUUGGUUCCACUACCAAAGUGUUUCAGUGCCUAUGCUGAUGUUAGAGCUUUCCCACAGUAGGCUUCAGGUUCAUUGCAACAUCUUUGCUAAUCUAAUCAUUUAAAACCUAUGAACCUGCAUUGUUUCUGGUAGACUUUGAUAAUGGACCAGUUUCAACCGGCUCAUGCAUACUUUGACAGCAGUCAUAGAUCAAGUUUAUUGUUCUGUUCUAGAUAGCAAAUUUUUAACCAUUUAAAUCAAAAUUGCUGUUUUCCAACAGGUGGGUCAGAAAUUAUAGCACAAGGCUUAGAAGAAGACAAUAAUUAACUGAAAGGUCAUCAUGUGAGUUAAGGUUGUAAAGAACAGAAAUGUAUAAAGCCUUUCAAACUUUUGACCUAGAAUAUGUUAAUUGGCUAAGGGUUCUUUUUGGUUGUAAAGAGUGUUUUGUAGACUUGUUCUUGCAUCUUAACAAAUGAAGAGUUUAAGAAGGGAUAUCUGUAUUUUGUUCUGAGUAAGCAGACACUAUUCUCCCAUUUUGUUUACUUUUGCCUGCAUUUUCAAGCUAGGAAGCUCCUGUCAUUUUGGGUGGAAUAAGGAUAUUUAUGAAAUUGCAUUCAGAAUUUAAAAACUGCAAGUUUCUGUUCAUAGCUUGUGUGUCUUCAGUAAAAUAUUUCAAUUUGUGAAA